UUGCAGAAGCUGAUAGCAGAGCUGCGUGCCAAAACAAUUGUGGAUCAAGUGAGGAAUAUUGAAUGGGGUAAUGAACAAGUGGUUGUGACGAAUGAUAAUGUUAAAAAUUUGUUGCGAUCUUUUGAACAGUUCGACAGUCAGCUUGCACAACGAGCUGCAUAUGAAGACAAGAUCAUUUUAUAUGAGCAGCUGCUGAGUAGCAUUCGCGAUGUUGCUCAGGCGCUUGCUGACGAGCAGAAGAAAACUGGUGGUUUUGGAAUGCGUGCGGAUAAUACCUCGUCGCACCAGUUAACCAUGGCCUAUUUGGAUUUUAUGCGCCUCAGUAAAACUGUGGAACGAUACCUCUUAAUCAUCGCACAUACCAGGGCGCAAACUGAAAAAAAGACGAAGCCGCAAGAUCUGAUUCGUUUGUACGACACAGUGAUUGAAACGUGCGAAGAAAUAUUGAAACUUCCUGGCGCUGCGUCCUGUGAACAGUUGAAAGUAGCAUACGGUAUAAAAGUGGAGUAUUAUCGUGCUUUUAGAUGUUUCUAUAUGGCAGAAGCACACGCUGGCAUAUCGAAGUGGGCUGAAGCCAGCGCUUUACAUGAGCGUGCCAUGCAGCGUACUGUGGCGGCUUCAAGGUUACUGCAGGAUGUUCGAGAGAAUAGUUUUCUUGUGGAAAAUGAGGAAGCCUUGAAGACAUUGCAAGAACAAAUAGUGGCAUCGAAAUAUGCAGCACAGGCGAAUCGCCUUGCUCAAGCAGCUGACAGUGUGAAAGAAGGCGAGAAAAACAGAUUAAUGGAUACUCGGCCCCUAUUGGAUACUCUGAACGAGUUCCGCAAAAUUAAACCAGAGAAUCUGCUUGGAAAUGAACAGAGCGUUCGCGUUGUGUCACUGCCGCCGUCAUUCAUUCCUAUGCCGAAUAAGCCGAUGUUUUUUGACCUGGCCCUGAAUCAUAUAAAAAUGCCAGAUUUGGAAGCGAAAAUUGCUUCCUACGUAUCGGACAAAAAGGAAACGCCAGUGAGUAAUGUUACUAAAGAGAAAAGAGGAACUACUGGUCCGAUGAAACAGGACGUAGGAAAAGAAGGACUUGGUGGAAUGAUGAAAGGAUGGUUCUGGAGGAAAUAA